AUGGGAGCCAACGCUCUGCUGCAAGAGCUGGCGUUCGCCAAUGCGAAUGUGAACCCUCCCAGUCCCCCGGAGGUAGCGCCACCUGGACCCGUCCCGACAACAGCGCCACCUACGAUAUCGCCACCGGCGCCGCCACCCACAGAGGCGCCGAGCCAGGGCAACGUCCAGGCCUCGAACAUCCGCUGCUUGCAGAGCACCUCUCGGGAGCAGCUGACGGCGCGCCUGCGCCUGCGCCGUCCGCUGGUGGCGCCACCUGUGCUGGCGCUGCGGCCGGCUGUCAACCCGCUGACGUCAUCGGUGUGCACGCUGACGUCGGCGGAGGAGGACCGGCUGCUGACGCUGAGUGUCACCAACCUGGAGGCCUGCGGCGUGGAGAGCUGCGUCCAGCCCAGCGGCGAGCGCUGGCUCUGCCUGACAAUCCGGUUCCCGGUGAUCGCCGGGAUUCGACUGCCCGAGGAUGACGUAAUCCAGAUCCAGUGCCGGCCUCAGGACCCCACGCAGACCCGCGGCAAACAGCUGGCCGUCCCGACCGUCGGCCUCGAGCUGCAGUCGCCGGCCCUGUUCAGCGGCGGCGAGCAGCAGUUUGAGUGCGAGAUCGCCCUGUUCCGGCGUACGCCCGGCACCGGCAUCUUCUCCACCGUGGUGCAGGCCGGCGACGCCGUCACGCUCGGGGAGGAGCUCCACCUGCGGGCCAUUAUCCGCAGCGACGAUGGCUGGAGGUUCAGCCGCCUGACGGACGUGCUUCUGCAGCGUGUGACCGCCGACGGCGUGGCCCAGACGGCCGACAGCGUAUCUCUCGUCCUCAGCAGCGGCUGUCGCAACCCGGAGUUCAAGAUCGUGGCGCCGGCCCAGCCGACUCGCCACCAGCAGAACCAGCUGAUCAGCAACUUCGCCUUCCGCGUGUUCGCCUUCCAGGGCAUGGGGUCCGGGGACCGGCUGCAGGUGUCGGCCGGCGUCACAGGCUGCGUCGAGGCCAUCGACUGUGCCCCGACGGCCUGUCCGGACGGAGGGCAGGGCUACGGGCGCCGCCGCCGCCGUGAGGCCCGGGUCAGCAACAGCACCGACUGGCGGCGUGACCUGGCCUUCAGCGUGCUGUUGCCGGACGUCCCACCAGCUGAAACGCCGCCGCGCGGACGUGCGCCGAAGCUUCAGUGCCGGCAGUCUCCGCUGCGCCUGCGCGCCACGUCGUGA